AUGCUGCUAAGUAGAAACUCGAACCUGAUCAUGUGCCGGUCAGUUGCUAGCACGUUGAAAAAGUCAUCCAUGUUGUUGUUCUCGUCCUCAGAGCCAAACUACAUUCACGACUUCCUCGAGCUGGCCACUCGAUUCCUCACUCAUUUCUCCACCAACCGAGCUCAUCAUAAGACAUCAACUAGUCUCAUCAACUUGAAGCAAGACAAGCACGAACCACUCUGGGCAUUCAUGAAUAGGUUUUUUCAAGAGGCCCUUCAGAUCAAGGACCUUAACCCGGCGAUCUCCUUACACGCCAUCAUGGCUGGGUUGAGAGUAGGCCCCUUCGUCGAUUCACUUGCCAGGAAGCCUCAGCAGGGUAUAUCAACAUGGAGAAAGCCUCGGUCGCCCAAUGCAACGAGGUCCAAGCGCAAGCACGACCGCAACCGGUCCUCCAACUGGGACCUUCCACUGGGCACCAGGAUAACCCCGAGAGGGACUCCUAUAGAAAGCAAGAAAACCAGGAUCACAACAAAGGGCGGAGAGAACCACCUCGGGCCCCUGAACCACCUCGAUUGCGCUACAACGCAUAUACCCCCCCUCACAGCUAGGCGAGAUUGGAUUUUUCGGGAGGUCUACAACGCCAGGGUCAUCCCCCUCUUGGAUAUCAGCGAGCAACGACCUCCUUGUGGCAAUACCGACACCAGCAAGCAGUGCGAUUACCAUCGUAUGUUCGAGCACACAACUGAAGAAUGUUAUGCCCUGAAGGACUGGAUAGAGCAUCUAGUCAGGGAAGGCUACCUCCGUCAAUAUGUUUACAGAACGGAUCGAAGACGGUCCCCACAAGGCAACCCAGACAGGUGA